CCUGGACCUAAACCUAAACUUAAACCUAAACCGGGAUCUGGACCCAGCUGUUUAUCCUUGAAGAGCGCCCGGUCAAAGGAAGAAAUUAUUCAUUUUAAAGGAGACCAACCUUCUGCCGUAAAGAGGGUCCAUCAGAAAAGAGACUAUCUUGAAGCUGAACCCAGCUGUUUGUCCUUGAAGAGCGACCACUCAAAUGAAAGAUUAAUUACCUUUAAAGGAGACCAACAGUGUUCUUCAGAGAAAGUGGACCAGCAGAGCUCAGAGCCUCCCAGCGGUCCGUCUGUCCAGCAGCAUCAGACACAGCUGGACUCCAUAUUUCUGCUGCUGGAGGACAACAUUGUCAUGUUUGUGAAGAAUGAGCUGAAGAAGAUCCAGAGGGGUCUGAGUCCAGAUUACCCAGAAUCCCUAGAGCAUCUGUUGCAGGGUGAGGAUGAAUAGCAGAGGAGGAGCAGAGAGGCGUUUGUGAAGAUCACAGUGAACUUCCUGAGGAGAAUGAAGCAGGAGGAGCUGGCUGAACAUCUGCAGAGCAAUGUUUCUGCUGCAGUUUACCAAAAGUGGCUGAAGUCUAAGCUGAAGAAAAGGUGCCACUGUGUGUCUGAGGGGAUUGUUAAAGCAGGAAACCCAACCCUUCUGAAGCAGAUCUACACAGAGCUCUACAUCACAGAGGGAGAGACUGGAGAGGUCAACAAUGAACAUGAAGUCAGACAGAUUGAAGCAGCAUCCAGGAAACCAACCAGAGCAGAAACAACCAUCAAACAGGAAGACAUCUUUAAACUCUCACCCGAAACAGAUGAACCAAUAAGAACAGUGAUGACGAAGGGAGUGGCCGGUAUCGGGAAAACAGUCUUAACACAGAAGUUCACUCUGGACUGGGCUGAAGGAGCCAACCAGGACAUCCAGUUGCUGCUUCCAUUCACCUUCAGAGAGCUGAAUGUGCUGAAAGAUAGAAAGAUCAGUUUGGUGGAACUUGUUCAUCACUUCUUCCCUGAAACCAGAGAAAUGUGCAGCUUUGAAGAGUUCCAGGUCGUGUUCAUCUUUGACGGUCUGGAUGAGAGUCGACUUCCUCUGGACUUCCACAACAAUGAGGUCCUGACUGAUGUUACAGAAUCCACCUCAUUGGAUGUGCUGCUGACAAACCUCAUCAGGGGGAACCUGCUUCCUUCUGCUCGUCUCUGGAUCACCACACGACCCGCAGCAGCCAAUCAGAUCCCUCCUGAGUGUGUCUCCAUGGUGACAGAGGUCAGAGGGUUCACUAACCCACAGAAGGAGGAAUACUUCAGGAAGAGGUUCAGAGAAGAGGAGCAGACCAGCAGGAUCAUCUCCCACAUCAAGACAUCACGGAGCCUCCACAUCAUGUGCCACAUCCCAGUCUUCUGCUGGAUCACUGCUACGGUCCUGGAGAAAGACCUGGAAACCAGAGAGGGAGGGGAGCUGCCCAAGACCCUGACUGAGAUGUACAUCCACUUCCUGGUGGUCCAGGCCAAACUGAAGAAGGUCAAGUAUGAUGGAGGUGGGACGGAUCCACACUGGAGUCAAGAGAGCAGGAAGAUGGUGGAGUCUCUGGGAAAACUGGCUUUUGAGCAGCUGCAGAAAGGAAACCUGAUCUUCUAUGAACCAGACCUGAGAGAGUGUGGCAUCGAUGUCAGAGAGGCUUCAGUGUACUCAGGAGUGUUCACCCAGAUCUUUAGAGAGGAAAGCAGCCUGUACCAGGGCCAGAUCUUCUGCUUCAUCCAUCUGAGUGUUCAGGAGUUUCUGGCUGCUCUUCAUGUCCAUCGGACCUUCAUCAAGUCUGGAGUCAACCUGCUGGAGGAACAGAAAAACACCUCCAGGUGGUUUAAAACAAGAGCAGAGACUCAGUUCUAUCGGAGUGCUGUGGACAUGGCCUUACAGAGUCCAAACGGACACCUGGACUUGUUCCUCCGCUUCCUCCUGGGUCUUUCAAUGGGAACCAAUCAGACUCUCCUACAAGGUCUGUUGAAACUAAAACAAACAAGUUCACAGAACAAUCAGGAAACGGUUAAAUACAUCAAGAAGAAGAUCAGCGAGCAUCUGUCUGCAGAGAAAAGCAUCAACCUGUUCCACUGUCUGAAUGAACUGAACAAUGGUUCUCUGGUGGAGGAGGUCCAACGGUUCCUGAGGUCUGGACGUCUCUCCACAGAUGAUCUGUCUCCUGCUCAGUGGUCGGCUCUGGUCUUCAUCUUACUGUCAUCAGAAGAUCUGGAGGUGUUUGACCUGAAGAAAUACUCAGCUUCAGAGGAAGUUCUACAGAGACUGCUGCCGGUGGUCAAAGCCUCCAAGAAAGUUGUCACUGAGACAGCUCUGUUAAAGGUCUUUAAUGACAUCCGCUACUAUACUGAUAGUGGCAACAUUUCAGUCUUGGUCUCUCUGGAUCUCAGUGCUCCGUUCGACACGGUCGACGAGAACAUCUUGAUAGACCGGUUGAAGAAAUGGAUGUCCAUGUUUGAGAGAGACUGUGCUGGUCUGACCCCCACUCCUCCUUUCAGGGUGGAGCCUGCUGGACAACGAUGGUUGACACCAGGUCUGAGGAAGUAUUCCUGUCAACUCACCAUCGACACAAACACAGUCCACAACAACAUCAAACUUUCUGACAACAACAGGAAGAUGACACGUGUGAAGGAGGAUCAGUCAUAUCCUGAUCAUCCAGACAGGUUUGAUGUCUAUCCUCAGCUGCUGUGUAGAGAAUUUCUGACGGGUCGCUGUUACUGGGAGGUCCAAUUGAGAAGAAGAGUUUCUGUAUCAGUGAGUUACAGAAGAAUCAGUAGGAAAGGAAACUCUGUUGACUGUUUGUUUGGAAGGAACGAUCAUUCCUGGAGUCUGUACUGUUAUGAUGAUGGUCGGUACCGUGUCUGUCACAAUAAGAGAGGAACACCUUCCUCCUCCUCUUCCUCAGUCUCUGACAGAGUAGCAGUGUAUGUGGAUGUUCCUGCUGGAACUCUGUCCUUCUACAGUGUCUCCUCUGACAGACUGAUACACCUCCACACCUUCAAUACCACAUUCACUGAACCUCUCUAUCCUGGGUUCAUAUUCUGGUCUGGUUCUGGUUCUGGUUCUUCUGUGUCUCUGUGUUGACUUCAGUCUCAAGAUCCUCCUGCCAGAGAAACUGUCUCUGUUGGACAGAUAGUUGAGUCUGUACAUGUCUGUCUCUGUUUCCACCAGAACACAUGGAUCACAUGUUGGUGAAACUGUUCUGAAUGAUUCCUUUGAAACUUCUUCCUCUUCCAGUCCUUUAAAUGUGGAAGCUGCCAUUUUUCCAGGAUCCACUUCUGUCUGUUUCCAGUCAGAGCUUCACAGUCAACACCAGCAUGUUGUUUCCCUGAAGCUCAGUUCAGCUGAGAUCAUUCAGUUCAUGUCAGCUGCAGAUAGUUUGCUGCACAUGUGACCAACUGUGAUGUCAGAGAGGAAUCACUGAGCUGCAAUCAGCCAAGAUGAAGUUACAACCUGCUGACAGAUCUGAGCACAAGGUUGCUGUGCAGCCAGGGUUCAUCCUGGUCUUUAUUCACACCACUUCCUGUUCCAGCCAUGACAUCACUACUGGACUGUCAGGUUUCUGUCAUGGUAAAAAUGUUUUUUUAUAUGUGAGCUCUCACCAAGAUGAUUAAAAUGA